CCCUCACUUACUCACUCUCUGACUCUCCUCCAUAACCUUCUUCUUCACCUAAACAAUUCAUCAAACACCUUGCACUCUUCUUCUUCUUCUUCCUUCCACUCACUUUGUGUGCUGUGUGCUUGCUUCUCAGUCUCUGUUACCGUCUUAGGGGGUGACCCUUUAUGGCUAAAUGCCCCAAAACGAAACCCACUGCCACCAAAAUGGUGAAACCACACUCACCACAAGCUCAACCCCUCAACAACACCAACACUGCCCGGUUCUGACCCUCAACCUCAGGGAACCAAAAGACCCCAUUUUGGUCACCAAUUCAGAUACCCUUUGCGGCGGCGCAAUGGCCUCCACAAACUCCACCUCCACCGACCCACUCCCUUCUUCUUCCUCCGACGACAUCGCCGUCAAAGCCGUGAACAAACGCUACGAGGGUCUCGUCACGGUUCGUAACAAAGCGAUCAAGGGAAAAGGUGCUUGGUAUUGGGCACACUUGGAACCCAUUCUGCUUCGAAAUCCUGAUACGGGUUUGCCCAAAUCGGUGAAGCUCAAGUGUUCACUCUGUGACUCUUUGUUUUCAGCUUCGAACCCUUCGAGAACCGCUUCGGAGCACUUAAAGAGAGGGACUUGUUCCAAUUUCAGCACCGGUUUGAGACCCGGUUCGGUUCCUUCUCCUCUUCCAAUUUCCUCAGUGGCGGCCGGUUCGAACCGGAAGAGGGGUUCACCUCAAAUGGGUGUGGCUUCACCCACAGGUUAUCAAAACCAUGCCUUGGCAAUGGUGGAGUCAUCACGGUUUGGUCCUUGUGGUGGUGAAAUUGGCUACACUCAGGUGCAUGCUAACACGGUGAACCAGCAUCAGAAUCAGCAUCAUUUGGUGCUGUCUGGUGGGAAGGAAGAUUUGUGUGCUUUGGCUAUGUUUGAGGACAGUGUGAAGAAGCUGAAGAGUCCAAAGACUUCACCUGGUCCUGCUUUGAGCAAGGAACAGGUUAAUUCUGCUUUGGAUUUGCUUGCAGAUUGGUUUUAUGAGUCAUGUGGGUCUGUGUCUUUGUCCACUCUUGAGCACAGAAAGUUUCAAGCUUUUCUUAGCCAGGUGGGUUUGCCAACAACAACAACUUUGAGGCGUGAAAUCUCUGGUAACAGGCUUGAUGUUAGGUUCAGUGAAGCCAAAGCUGAGUCUGAAGCUAAGAUAAGGGAUGCAAUGUUUUUCCAGGUGGCUAGUGAUGGUUGGAAGAACAGGAAUUGGUAUAGCUUGUGUUGUGGGGGUGAGAGUUUGGUUAAGUUUAUGGUGAAUCUUCCCAAUGGGACUAGUGUGUUCCAGAAGGCAGUGUUUACUGCUGGGGGAGUGGUGUCAUCCAAGUAUGCAGAGGAGGUUUUGUGGGAAACGGUGAAUAAUGUUAGUGGGAGUGUGGUGCAGAGGUGUGUCGGUAUUGUUGCGGAUAAGUUUAAGGCCAAGGCAUUGAGGAACUUGGAGAUUCAGAACCAUUGGAUGGUAAAUACUUCUUGUCAGCUUCAGGGGUUCAUUAGUUUAAUCAAGGAUUUUAACAACGAGCUACAACUUUUCAGGGUUGUGAUUGAGAAUUGCCUAAAGGUUGCAAAUUUUAUUGAUACAGAAUCUCAGGUGAGGAAUGCUUUUCUCAAGUACCGGAUGCAGGAGAUGGAGUAUGCAGGAUUGCUUCGAGUCCCUUCACCAAAAUGUGAUCCUUUGAAGAACUUUGCAUCUGUGUUUCCAAUGCUGGAGGACAUUUUGAGCUGCGCUCGAGUAAUCCAAAUGGUUAUGUUGGAGGACACGUUUAAGGUAAUGUGCAUGGAGGAUCCACUGGCCAGAGAAGUGUGUGGCAUGGUUCAGAAUGAUGGAUUUUGGAAUGAACUAGAAGCAGUUUAUUCACUUGUGAAGCUUAUAAGAGGAAUGGUUCAAGACAUUGAGGCUGAGAGGCCAUUGAUUGGUCGAUGCUUGCCUCUUUGGGAGGAGCUGAGAACCAAAGUGAAGGAAUGGUGUGCCAAAUACAAUGUUGUGGAAGGACCGGUGGAGAAAAUACUUGAAAAACGGUUCAGAAAAAAUUAUCACCCUGCAUGGUCAGCAGCAUUUAUACUUGAUCCUCUUUACUUGAUUAAAGACACAAGUGGAAAGUACCUUCCUCCAUUCAAGUGUUUGACGCGUGAACAAGAGAAAGAUGUAGAUAAGUUACUCACAAGGCUAGCUUCCAGAGAAGAAGCUCAUGUUGUGUUAAUGGAGCUAAUGAAAUGGAGGUCAGAAGGGCUUGACCCACUUUAUGCACAGGCUGUUCAGAUGAAACAGAGGGACCCUGUGACUGGGAAGAUGAAAGUUGCAAAUCCAUUGAGCAGUAGGCUUGUAUGGGAAACAUGCUUGAGUGAGUUUAAAUCCCUGGGGAAGAUUGCAGUGAGGCUCAUUUUUCUGCAUGCAACCGCAUGCGGGUUUAAGAGUAAUUGGUCUUUCAUGAGGAAAAUUUCUGCAAAUAAACACUCAAGAAUUGGCUUGGAAAGAGCUCAGAAAAUGAUAUUUAUUGCAGCUCAUGCCAAGCUUGAAAGGAGAGAUUUUUCUACUGAGGAAGAAAAGGAUGCAGAACUGUUUGCCAUGACUGGUAGUGAGGAUGGCAUGCUAGCUGAGGUCUAUGCUGAUGCAUCCUUAGUAGUUGGAAUAGCUUGAAGCAGUAGGGUGGGUGGCAAACCAAACAUGGUUUUGACAUAUGACAACCUCGGAAGAAGAUUGAAGAAGCACUUGUAAUAGAUAAUCUGGCAUAUCUCCAUCAUGGGGUGUUUGUUCCUACAAAAUGGUUAGGCCCACAAUGGAGAGUGGGUAUCCUUGUCGUUGUUUUGGUUGUCAUGGUCAAAGAAGAGUGAGUUAUGAGUAGCCUUCCUUCACAUCAAUCCUCACACUGUUUCUCUCUCUCUUUCUCUAUAAUUAACCGUUUAGCUUGCCAUGAUUGCUAAAACGACUUGGGAAAAAAGUUGAAGCAAAAAAGAAAAAGAAAAAAAAGGAAAGUAAGGAGGCCUGUUCGAUCUGAGGAGGCACAAGAUAUGGUUGAGAGGGUUAUUGUAACUUGCAACAUCAUUCAGCUGUUUCUGCAUCUAUAUUUCAGGGGACUAUUGAAGCCAUGAACAGCAGGCUGGUAGUUCAAGAGUUCUGGUGGUGAUCAAAUUUGAUCUCAUUUGUCACUCUUACUUAUAGAAUAUUAUAUAUAUGGGAAAAGUGUUUGUCAUUUUAAAUGAUAGAAAGUUAUGUCAUUUUAAGAGAGAUACAGACACAGAAAAUUUGAAUUUUAAAUUAAAAAAAACCACCCACUUUCUCUCUCCCAUGAUUUCCGUUUUUCUGUGUCUAUCUCUCUCCUAAAAUGACAUAACUUAUGUCAUUUAAAAUGACAAACACCAAACCCUUAUAUAUAUGUAUAUAGGUAAAAUCAUUUCUGCAUCUGCUAUAUGUACAACAAUUAAUCUUGACCAUUGAUUUCUCAUAUUUAAUGCUUUCACCCAUCUUUGUAUGGUUAUGAUUCUCCAAAUUUAAUUGUUGUACAUAUAGUAGUUGCAGAAAUGAUAACCGCAUAUAUAUAUAUAUAUAUAUAUAUAUAUAUAGAGAGAGAGAGAGAGAGAGAGAGAGGUGAUCCUUUGACACCAAUGUCAAAUUUGAAGUUUGACACCUCAUCUGA